GCUGGCCAGCGGCGCCGCGCGGGGGCUGCGCGGGCGCUGCGUGGGGCCAUGCCGCGCUCCUUCCUAGUGGACUCGCUAGUGCUGCGGGAGGCGGGCGAGAAGAAGGGGGAGGGCAGCCCGCCGCCGCCGCUCUUCCCCUACGCCGUGCACCCCUCGCACCCGCUGCCCGGGCUGCCGGCCGGCGCCUGCCACGCUCGCAAGGCCGGGCUGCUCUGCGUCUGUCCGCUCUGUGUCACCGCCUCCCAGCUGCACCCGCCGCCGCCUGCCAUCCCCCUCAUCAAGGCCUCCUUCCCCCCCUUCGGCUCCCAGUACUGCCACUCGCCCCUGGCCCGCCAGCAGCACUCUGUCUCCACCGUCAGCGUCGGGCACGCACCGGCGCUCUACCAGAGCGCCUACCCGCUGCCAGACCCCCGUCAGUUCCACUGCAUCUCCGUGGACAGCACGUCCAGCCAGCUGCCCAGCAGCAAGCGGAUGCGCACCGCCUUCACCAGCACGCAGCUCCUGGAGCUGGAGAGGGAGUUCGCCUCGAACAUGUACCUCUCCCGGCUGCGGCGAAUCGAGAUCGCCACCUACCUGAACCUCUCCGAGAAGCAGGUGAAGAUCUGGUUCCAGAACCGACGGGUCAAGCACAAGAAAGAAGGCAAAAGUAGCUCACACCGGGGCGGGGGGAGCGGCCACAGCUGCAAAUGCUCAUCCCUUUCCACCAUCAAAUGCUCGGAAGACGACGAGGACUUGCGCAUGUCUCCGUCCUCCUCGGGGAAGGACGACAGAGGUCUCGCAGUCACGCCCUAGCCCCCCGCACACCCACCCCGGCUCCCCAGGAACUGUGGCGAGAGCAGGGGAAGGAGGCCUGCCUGCCCCGGUGCUGAAAUGCAGCCGAAGGAUUUUAUACUGUUUUGUAUAAUUUGUGUAAUUUACAAAGGACUUUCUAGUCUUUCUAGACCCCCGGCCCAUGAGGACGGGUACCCUGGCACCCUGUUGUAAAUAAAUUGCUCCCUAGGACCCCAGGCGUCUCCCCGUAGUACUCUCUCACUUGUCUCCUCGCAGGCACAGCCCCAAGCCCGGGAAGGUCCUCGCAGACCUCCCCGCGCACCGAGACGGGCGCGGAUGCUGCGCGGUGCCGGGAGGUGCGUCCGCCUGGAGGGAUACCUGUCCUGAGCUUUCUCCGGUAACUCGGCGGUGCCUGAAAGCAGGCGGAUGGGGAGGGUCGAAGGCUGCUUGGAUUAUUAUAUUUCCUUUUCCCCUUUUUUUUCUUUCAAAAAUUGCUCUCGGUUUUGUUUCGACUUAGUCGCUGCCGGGCACACAGCUGUGGUUAUACCGUUCCGUCCCACUCCCUCCCCCCGGGAGAUAUUUAUUUAUUUAUUUAUGUGCAGAUGAU